AUGCCGGAGAUUGGCGAAGUUGCACGAAUCGUCCAUUACCUGCGAAAACAUCUCGUUGGACGCACGGUCAAAUCAUGCAAGGCUUUCAACGAUGACAUUGUUUACGGCAAAGUUGGUUGCAGUGCAGAUGCAUUCAGCAAGGCCGUCGAAGGAAAGAAGGUGUUGGGCGCCGGACAGCAGGGCAAGUAUUUCUACUUGACCUUCGACUCGCCGCCGCAUUCCGUCAUGCACCUUGGAAUGACUGGAUGGAUCAAAUUCUCGACAGAGGAAACUUUCUAUUAUAAACAAGCGGUCGAAGAAGAUAAAGAGCCUGAGCAAUGGCCUCCGAACGAGAAGUGGACAAAGUGGCUUAUCAAAUGCGACAAGGAGGGAGGGAGAGAACCAGUAGAAGUUGCAUUCGUCGAUGCAAGACGGCUCGGCAGGAUACGAUUGAUUGACUGCGAAGCGGACAAAAUCAGGAGAGAGUCUCCGUUGAAGGAGAACGGUCCAGAUCCGGUCAUCGACAAAGACACGCUUACCGUCGAUUGGUUGAGUGAACUGCUAAAUCGAAAGAAAGUGCCCAUCAAAGCACUUCUGCUGGACCAGGCCAACAUUUCUGGAGUCGGCAACUGGGUUGCUGAUGAGAUUCUCUAUCAAGCUAGAAUACAUCCUGAGCAAUACUGUAACACGUUCGAUGAGGAUCAGAUAAACCGCAUCCACGAUUCUCUCAUAGGCGUGUGCACGACAGCAUGUGAAUUACUCGCUGAUAGCUCCAAGUUCCCGGAAGACUGGUUGAUGAAAUACAGAUGGGACAAAGGCAAGAAGGAGAAGAAUGUCCUUCCCAACGGCAACAAGAUCGAACAUUUGACGGUAGGAGGAAGGACAUCCGCGAUCGUGCCAGCGGUGCAGAAGAAGACCGCUGCAGUAGCAGGAGACAUCAAUGGAGAUGAGAGCAAGAAACCUGCGUCGAGCAAGAAGCGGAAGAGCAGGAAAGAGGAUGAUGACGAGGACGAGGUUGAGCAUGAAUCAGAGAAGGUCAUCCCAGCUAAGAAAGGAAGGGGCGGAAGAAAGCAAAAAGUCGAGAAGUCCAGAGUCAACGAAAAUAUUGAGUACAAGGCAAAGAUAGGUGGCAGGCAGAAAAAAGUCAAGACUGAGCUGGAUAAAGAAUUGAAACAAGAGCAGCGUCUUGAAGAUGGGCCAGAAGAAACACCUAAACCCAAGUCGACAAAGGACAAGAAGAUCAAAUCCGCAUUGAAAGACGAGGGCAACUCAAGGAGGUCUUCGAGGAGCAAGGGCAAAUCAUGA